ACAUAACCGGUGUGAGCCCCCAGUGCUCUCAUCCCCUCUGCGGACCCGCUUUUUCCCAGCGAGGUCCCAACACCGGUGAUGGAGGCAUCCCCCAGUGAUGCAGGUGGAGCAGAGGAGCUUCCCCUGCAGUCCCCCCCCGUCCAGGGGGGUGAGAGUGGCCCCUCGGUGUGGGAUGGAGCUGAUGGCACCUCCAGGAUGGAUCCGAUGGCAUCCAGUUACCAGAAUUCGGGAUGUGUGGAAAUGCGUUCAACACCAGAGCCGGUGGCAGGGGACCCCACGUCCGACUGUGAUGACAACUGCUGGGAGGAGCUCAGCAGCGAGCCAGAGUCAUGCACAGAAGACAGAGAUGACUGCUGUGGGCAGGACCCAGCCUCUGACUCUCUCAGUGGACACACGGCAAUGGGUGGUGUGGAGACAGUGGUGGUGAUGGACAUGGGGAGCAUCAGCUGUGCAGAUGACCAGGAGAUCAGAGAAGACCCAGGAUCUUCCAGCAGAGACUUCCUUCCUCAUCCUUUUCCCACACCCCAAUGGGGGGCACCCACUCCAAGGCAUCUGAGUCCUUCUGAUAAACCUUGGAGUAACCAAGUGGCAAGUGCCAGCAUGGGAGCUGGACAGCCUCUGGGCAAGUUGGACAGGAACCAGCUGAAGUGCUUCUGCCAUCCCAACCCAUACCUGUUUCCUGGCCAUGAUCAUGAGGGUUCACAAGACACGAUGACCUUGGAGUUCAUCGCCGUCCUGCCGGAAGGUUGUAGUAACAUCAACCAGAGAUUCAAGAUCUGUGUUGUCUUCUACAAACAUCCUGGCCAAUACCAAGAGUUUGCCACGAUGCAAAGAAAAGAAGAAGUGUACACAGGCAGUGCCAGGAUCCCUCUUUCCGAACUGCAGGGAAGACACAUCUUUUAUAAAUAUGCCAUCGUCAACUUGGACAGCAGAGAGUGCGAAUUGGAGGAUAUUUCCUCGUACAAUUACAACAUUUCAGACACCUCCAAGUGCAAAAAAGCUGAAUUUUACCGUGUCCUGACUAUCCCCGAAAGAGAGCUCAAAGCGGACAAAACGUGGACCUUCUUUGAACGCAUCAAAUGCAGUUUCCGCCAGCACAGGUACUGGAGUAGGGUGUCCUGUUGCAAGGCCCAGAUUAAAUACCUGGAGCGCACCUUCUUGACUCACCCUACCUCCUGGAAUUCCCUGGAGGACAUGGAGAGGAAACUGGACAGGUUCAAGGAGAGCAUCGCCCAUAUUUGGGAUGCUGAGAGCAAAGCAAAGAAGUCUGCGGUCCCCAGUGAUUUCAACAUAAAAGAGGUGAUGAAGUACAUCAAAGCCUUCAUAGAAAAGAUCAUCGAGCAUGUGAAGACCAAGGACCAUAACCUCCUCAAGCUCCUGUUUGCCUUCCAUGCCACUGUUCGGUACCAGGUCACCCUUGCCUUGGCUGACAAGGCAGAAGAGUGUUUCAAGUUCAUCAAGUUCUUUGAGAAGAAUUAUGAAGAACUGAGAGGAAAAAGCAAAUAUUUCCCAUCUCUGAAGAAGCUGUGCUGCAUGAACACUGAUGGGACCUUGUGGAUCUGGUUGGUCCCACUGCUCUAUGCGAUCAGUGAGAAUGUGGAGGACCACUUUUCCCCACAGGAACUUCCUCACAAAGCCUUUGUCCAGUUAAGGAAUGAAAAAGAAAAGCAAAGGAAAGUCCUGGAAAUGAUUGAUGCUCACAAGACCUUGAUCAGACGAUGUGCUCCACUGGCAAAGAAGGUUUUGGAGAUGGUGGCUGUACAGAACUUUUGCAAGGACCCUUUGCAUAACAUUCAGUUUCCAGUCCAGGUCCUCUUGGAUACCUUGCGAAUGCGCAUCAUGGAUGCCGAUGGAGCCUCAAUCCACAACUCUGAAGACCACUUGAACAUGGCCUUGGAAAGCAUCGCCAUCAGGAUGGAGUCCCGGUUCACAGACUUGUGCCCUUCAGGGUCUUCAGAGAAACCACUGGAGCCCACGGUUGAGACUGAGGUCCUGCAGUGUCUGAACCUGGUGUACAUCCUGCUGCAGCUUUUCUUAAAGCAGAUAGAGUCACGCCUCCCUGUGGAGACAUUGCUGCGGAUACUCGGGAUGUUUGUUGACAAAGAGGACUUACUGCAAGCAAACAAGGAAUUCCAGCAGUUUACUUCAGCAGAAGAGUUCCAAAUUUUUUCACAUAAUAUCACACCAUGGCUCAAGACACACUUUGACCGGGAAAACAACACAGGAAAAUCCUUCCUGAAGAACAUUGAGGACUGGCAGCGGCUGAUCUCAAUGAGGAUCCUCUGCACGGGAUGGACUGAGAGGUGGCGGGGCUGGAUCCACAGACUGUUUGAGGAGUGGAUGAAGAAGGUUAAUGACAAAGACCUUGUGGGUUUCUACCGCGCGUUCCUCAGUACGGAGAUGCACUGCGAGACAGAGCUGGAACAGUGCUUCACAAAACACAUCAUCCACUGGAUCAGCAGCACAAACAAAAUCAAGGAUUUCAAGCAGAAAUCCAUGAUAACCCUGAUCUGCAAGAGGAACAAACAAUCUGGUGAAGAGGUGCUUUCUGUUCUUGUGGAGAAGAUGUGUUUGGAGAUGAAGAGGCUGGAAAGGAUCGACACAUUUGAAGAGAGCACUGGCCCCAUUCUUCUAAAUCUGCUCAAAGCUUCUGACUUCAUUUCUGCUGUCCAAGAAUCAGUGAGUACGUUUCAAGUUCAGCUCAGCGACUGUGCAAAAAAUCUCCUCACCCAAGUGUACAAGCUUUUCAACUUCGUGGGACAUUGCAUUCUCUCAGGAGACAUUCCGUGCAGGAUCCUCUCUGAUAUCCUAUGGCAGGAGGAGAAGCUGUUUAAGCUGAUGCUGUGCACCUGCAAUUCCUCUUUCGCUGAGUGUAUUACAGAUGUGCUGGAGGUCAGGAAGAGGGAGUUUAAGCACCUGGAAGAGCAAAAGGAGCAAAGACACUCUUUUCUUGUCCUGUGCCGUGCAAUAGAGGACAUGAUUAAAGUGGACACAAGUAUCAUGGAGAGUAGCAACGGGGACAAGGGAAGAUUUAAGGAUCAGAUAUCAGUGAAAAAGUUCUCCCUUGAUGGCACAAGCAAAACAGAACCACACAUCCUUGACAAUUAUUGUGACAUGUGGCAGAAGCUUUCCAUCGUGCAGAAGAGCCAAUGUUUCCUGAGGCUGUGGAAGAUGAGAGCAGAGCAAAUCAAAGCUACAAUUCCUGAAGAUCAAGUUUUCUCUGUAGAUGAUGUUCAAGAAAAAAUUUAUAAGCCAGCGAUAGCUGACUUCAAGAAAACCUACCUGUCCCUCAAAGACUUUUCCAUCACACUCGGAGCUGUGCAGAGCUAUUUUGAGAACCUGCUGGGAGAGAAGCAUGGGCUCCAGGAAGAGUUUGAAAUCAUUGAGAAAAGUGAGGGAGUGGGUCAUGGCAGAGGUCAGUGGAUUGCUGGUGCUGUGGAGAGGAUCAAGAACUACCUGACCCUCUCCAAAGUGGUGAACAGGGCCAAGGUGAUCGAUGCGCUAAGACAGAUGCUUCCACUGGAGGGGGACUUCCAGGUGCUCAGCGACCUGACCAAAUACGAAGAGCAGGAAUUCAAGAAUAAGCAACUUGAUUUUAUAACCCAAGACUUAAUGAAAGUGAAAAAAAUUUUGAGUGACAUACCCCAGGGAGUCUUGGACUUUUUAAUGGAACUUCUGGAAUGUGCCAAGAAAGGUUUUACAUCCUGGAUCAAGACCAUAAUAAAAGACAAGACAGAAAUCCCCAUAUUUGUGGAGCUGGCAUCGAUUUCUGCAGGUGAAAAUGACAUGGAUAUCGACAGAGUGAGGUUCUUCCGUGAUGCCAUGGCUGCUUCUGCCCCCAUUGUCCUGGAUCUGAGCCCUGAUGCUGGGUUUGACCAGUUCUCUGCAGCUCUGUCCUUUGUUGGAGAAGCUGUUGCCAAGGACAAUAAGCUUCCCAAGAAGCUGAAAGAUUCCUGUGACAACAGGGAGUGGAUACAGAUGGUUCAUGACUCCCAUGGCUCCGUGGAGCGUUCUUCGGUCUCACAAGCCAGAAGCAUCAACCAAAAUGGGAUUUUUACCAUCUCAGCACCUCCAAAGUUCAAGGCUACGCUUGAGGACUGCAUCUCAUUGCGGCUGCUGGAGGACAGCAAGGAGAGCGUAUCUCCAGGAGACCAGGAGGUCAAGAAAUACAGUUUGUCUCAGCUGAGGGAGCUGCAGAACAAGCUGAUGUUGAUUGCCACCAAGGCUGAGCAGGGCAGGGAGGAGGCAAACCAUUUCUUGGAGAUACUGGAAAGAGUUGAAAUGAUUGCAAAGUUAUACCUGGAGCUUCUUGGUGUUGGCAACAUCCUCUUCUUUGACUGGAAGGCUGAUAUCUACUGCAGCCCCCAGCAGCGAGUGAAAGUCUACACGGAGUUUGGAAUCACUGGGAUCCUUGUUCAGAGCACAAGACCCCUCCUGGAGGAGCUGGAUGGCCUCUAUAAAGCCAUGGAGCUUUGCAUGUCAGAGUGGAAAAAGUACUUGGAGACUCAGAGAGACACCUACUAUCACCUCAACCUGUUCACAGCGCGCCAGCUCUUCUACUUGUGCAGCCAGCUGGCCAGAGCCCAGAAAGGCAUCAUGGAACCACAGGUGCUCAUCAUGCUGUCUGUCAUCAAGCAUGAUGUAACAGAAGGAGAUAUCAAAACUGCCCUGGAAGAGGCACUGAUGACUCCUCUAGACUCUGUGAACAUGUCAUCAGGAGGUGAGGAAUUGGUGACCUGGGAAGACUACGUCAUUCAUUUCCCCCAGCUCAUCAAGAGCUUGGCUGAAUCAGGCUAUGAUGAAUCAGUUGCAAAAGCAGCCUUGCAGAGCUGCCUGUCUGGCUUACCCAUCACAGAGCAGAUGCUCAUGGAUUUUGCUUUUGAGAAGGGGGAUGACAUGGAACUGGUUGAAAAGCUCAGCACAUUGUAUGAGGAGACAAGGGACAGCUUCCUGCAGGAGAGACGGAAAUUUAAAACUAGUAGCCAAGAUGCUGACCAGGUUUCCUUCAGCACCCUGGCGCAUGAUGAGCUGACUGCCUCCUUUGAAAAUCUGCCAUCUAUUUAUGACAAGGUGAAGCUGCUCUGGAAUGCUUACUGUAAGAAAUUUGCUGGCCUGGUGUCUGAUAAAUACAUCAGCCUGGAUGUUUUUGGGGUAACACUGGAGCAUUUGGCUGCAUCGGAGAGCAUGCAUAUCAAGAGGAGUUUACCCCUAGGCUUUGAAGAGGGGAAACCACUCCUUGUCAUGUGUAAGGAGGAAGAAAUAUUAACCCACAUGUUAUUUGUCUACCAGCAUGCUGAGACAGCACCUCUCCCAUCAUAUGAUGAGGUCCUGGUAUGCUCACCAGACACGGGAGAGGAGGAGGUAGAGCUGCUGGUCAGGAGAGCUCUUUCCCCAGGUUCCCAAGACCAGAAAAUCUACUGCUUGCUGGGUGCUGAUAAAUUGGUUUAUAAAGUUUCAAAGCAACUCGAGUUCCACUUCUUUCGCCUGGUGCAAUCUUCUGGCAUCCCCAACUACAGAUUCCUCAUCUUCUGCAAUGCCAAAGCCGACAAUUCCUAUGUCAUCACGGCCUUUGAUGCCUACAGGGUGACUUUCCCAGACUACUCUGAGACAAAAAUCCAGACCUACCUGAAGACACAGCUCCAGGUGCCAAGUGGGACAGCCCCCAUUGCCCAGGCCUUUGAGGAGCCCCAUCAGCAGAAUGUCAAGUUUGUCUUUUCAGAGCGAGCGGGAAUGGGAAAGUCUCUCUUUGUGGACAAUACCAUUAGAAAGGUCCAUGCCCAGCUGGGUGGCACACUGCCACUCCACAAAACCAUUAGGCUGAUGGAGUCAGACAUUGAUUUCCAGUUCUUUGUGGUGGAACUAUUUUCUAUCAAUGAAUCCAUGACUGAAGAUCAGCCCAGCAUCUUCCACAUUGAUGUGGCUCCUGUGGUAUCAAAGGGUCUCUACCAGCUGCUGAUCAAUCUGUGCAUCCUGCGGCACAUCCAGAGUCCCGAUGGCUUGGUCUGGAAGUGCAAGCCCUCUCAUCUUUACUUGAUUGAGUACCUUGCCAAAAGGAAGAGCCUCAGCAGCACAAGGAAACAAGAGAUGUCCAUCAAAAUAGAAGAAAAAUUCCUGGAUCUGUUUCCUACCGUGGAGUGUAUAUCACCGCUGCGGGUGCUCAGAUUCCUGGAAAAUCCCAGUUCCAUCCCUCCCACAGAAUCGAGGGAGGAACAGUUUGACCGGGACAAGCUAAAUAGCGAAGUUUUCCAGAGGUCUUACCAAUAUCUCAGCAGAUACAAACAGAAGGAAAACCUUGACCAGUUCACUUUUUGCCCUAAAAAGAACAAAGUGACAGAGAGAGAAUGUCUGGCAUGCCUGAUGGAGUUUUGUGGGAGAGGAGACCCAUCCUGGACCGAGCUCAGCAAUUUCACACACUUCCUGAACUUCCAGCUAAGGAACUGUGAGAAAUCAGUCUUCUGCAGCUCAGUGGUUGGGUGGGAGUUCCAUGGCUUCAAAACAUUUGUCAUCAAGUUCAUGAUUGCCAUGUCCAAGGACUUUGCCAUGCCUUCCCUCCACAUGUCUGAUGAGAGUGUGCCAAAGGAGAGGCAAGAAGAGAUGGACAAUAUUUUGAUGGAGUACCAACUGAGACGCAAAUGGGAACAAGAGUCCCACCCUUACAUAGUCUUCCAUGCUGACGGUGAUUCCAUGGAGUUUUUAGGUUUCCAUAUCAACCAGAACUUUGAUGCAAUUGAUGCUUAUUCCCAGACUGUUUUGGAAUCGGCAGUGAUGAGCAGCAGUUUGUAUGAGACUUUGGCACGCCAAAAUGUUCCUUUCAAUAAGAAGUUUGAAUCUUUACCCCGCACAGAGCAGUUGGAGGCCCUUUGCCGGGUCUUUGGAGUGAAAUACCAGGGAGAUCCAGAUCCUUCCUACCAGCUCACUCUGGACAACACCAUGAAGAUGUUGGCUGUUCAUCUGCGGUUCCAGUGUGGCAUCCCUGUGAUCAUCAUGGGGGAAACAGGUUGCGGGAAGACGAAGCUGGUGGAGUUCAUGUGCAACCUGCAAAAGGUGGGCAGGAAGAUUCAGAACAUGAUGGUGGUGCGUGUUCAUGGCGGCACCACCUCCAAGACCAUCCAGGAAAAGGUAAGGCAGGCCAUAGAGCUGGCACAUGCCAAUGAGAAAGAACAUCAUAUUGACACAGUGAUCUUCUUUGAUGAAGCUAACACCUCAGAGGCCAUCUUUGCUAUCAAGGAAGUGCUUUGUGACCACAGUGUCAAUGGGAAGAGGAUUCCCACCAACCGCUUGAAAGUAGUGGCUGCGUGCAACCCGUACAAAAGACACACUGAGGACACUAUUAAGAAGUUGGAGAAAGCUGGCUUGGGAUACCGAGUCCGGAGCGAAGACACUCCGGAGAAGCUGGGUUACAUUCCUCUGCGGCAGUUAGUGUAUCGGGUGCAUCCCCUUCCUCCCAGUUUAUUGCCUCUAGUCUGGGAUUUUGGGGAGCUGAAUGAGAAAACACAAAUCUUGUACAUCAGGGAGAUUGUCAAGUCCACUGUGGACACCAAGAUCCCCAUGGGAAAUCUGGACAUCUUCACCAGUGUAAUUUCAGCCUCCCAGAAAUUCCUGACAGAAAGGAAAGAUGAAUGCAGGGUUGCCAGCCUUCGGGAUAUAGACCGCUGCAUGAGGAUAGUGCUCUGGUUUUAUGACCUAAGGGACUUGCUUUUCCACAAGAUAGAUGAGAAGAGAAGACAUGAGGAGGAAGAGAGAACAAUCUUAAAUGAUGCACAGAGAGCUUUGGUCCUUGCAGUCGGGGUCUGCUAUUAUGUGUCUCUGGAGAGCCGCCAAAAGUACCUGGAGGAGGUUGCAGAAUGCUUCUUAGUCCCUGCAGCCCGGCUGCAGCAAGAGAUUGAGUUGUGCCAAGAGGUGUUUCUUGAUAACCUCUCCAUUCCCAAGGCAACAGCCUGCAACAAUGCUCUGAGAGAGAACAUUUUCAUGAUGAUUGUCUGCAUGGACCUCCGGGUGCCCCUCUUUCUGGUCGGGAAGCCAGGAAGCUCCAAGUCUCUAUCCAAAACCAUUGCUGUAGAGGCCAUGACAGGUCCCUUGUCCAAAAACCCCUUGUUCAAAAGAUGCAAAGAAGUCCAGCUGGUCUCCUUCCAGUGCAGUCCCCAUUCCAAGCCAGAAGGUAUCAUCUCCACUUUCCGACAAUGUGCUCAGUUUCAGAAGGGCAAGAACCUGCAGGAAUUUGCAUCAGUGGUCCUGCUGGAUGAGAUCGGUCUGGCAGAAGACUCGCCUGAUAUGCCAUUGAAGACGCUGCAUCCUCUCCUGGAAGAUGGAUGUGUUGAUGACGAGAAUGCAGAGGCUUACAAGAAAGUUGGCUUUGUGGGCAUCUCCAACUGGGCUUUGGACCCUGCCAAGAUGAAUAGGGGCCUUCUUGUCUUCCGCACUGAGCUCAGUGGUGAAGAGCUGGUGAAGACUGCCAAAGACAUCUGCGCUGCCCAACCUCACCUGCAGAGAAUUGAGCAUCUGUUCCCCAUCCUGGCCAACUUCUACUGCCACGUGCUGAAAACACAGAAAAAGGAGUUCUUUGGGCUUCGUGACUUCUACAGUUUAAUCAAAAUAAUGGCAUCCUACAUGCAGGAUGCAGAGCACCGAUCUCAGGAGGAACUCCUUGUGAAGGCUAUUCAGAGAAACUUCGGAGGUUACAGAGAUAUCUGCCCUCUGGAAAUCUUCAACCAGUGCACCAAGGAGAUCCAUCUUACCUCUGGGAUGGAAACCAGCUGCAUCCGUCUGCUGAAGGAAAAUAUGGAGAAACAACACAUGGGCUUCAUGUCUCGUUAUUUGUUGCUGCUGACAACCAACAAUGCUGCCUUCCAGAUCAUUCAGAUGAUGAACCUUAUAGACACCAGCAACUGUGACAUUAUCUUUGGUUCUGGUUUCCCACAGGACCAGGACUAUUCCCAGGUGUGUCGCUCUGUGAACAGAGUGAAAAUUUGUAUGGAGAUAGGCAGGCCAGUCAUCCUCCUCAAUAUACAGAACCUUUAUGAGAGCCUCUACGAUGCUCUCAAUCAAUGCUUUGUCAGCCUGGGGGGUAAUUACUAUGUUGACCUGGGCCUUGGCACUCACAGGGUGAAGAGCCGUGUGAAGGAGGAAUUCCGGCUGAUUGUUAUAGAGGAGAAGGAUGUGGUCUACAAAGAGUUCCCCACCCCACUGCUGAGCCGUCUGGAGAAGCAUUGCUUGGACAUGAACACCAUUCUCAGCUGGCAACAGCGGGACCUGAGGCAAGACCUGGAGACGUGGGUCAGGCAUUACGUCCACAUCAAGAAUCCUGAUUUGUUCACAGUCUGGUCCCAUACAUGUGCUCCCAUGGAACAUGAUGUCUUCAUUGGCUUCAGUGAUGACACAUCUGCUGCCAUUGUGCUGAAGAACACCAAGGACCCCCACUCCAGCGACUCCAAGUCCUACACAGACCUGGUCCUCUCUACUGCCACAAGCCAGCUGGUGGAGUGUGCCACUCCGGACUCCAUCCUGCGCCUGAAGUACUCCACUCUGAAGGAUGCUGAGCAGAUCCAGGACCUGUAUUUCACAGAGCAAAAGCAUGACAGCCUGGCCAGCCUGCUGUGGGAAAUGAUGGACCAGCAGGAGACAGGGAGCACCCCCAGGCUGUGCCUACAGGUUUCUACCCAUGGCAGGCUGCUGAAUCAGAAGGAUUUGGAAAUGUUGAGAAAGAUGCUUCAUCUCCCAGAUCCAAUCCACUGCCUCUUCCUAAGCCAGUUUGACACUGAACAUGCUUUUCGCCAGGACCUUAGGAAUUUCUUCAAAGAGCCACAGGAAGUGAGAUUACUCCUUGUCCAGUUUCACUUUGAUGAGCCACAGAGCAGCAAACGACUCCUGGCCUGUGCCAAGUACUGCAUCAGAGAUGAGUGCAGGAGGUCAGCCAGCCCCCAUCUGCUGCAUGUUGUGUUGAUUACCAAAGUCCCGCGGGUACGGGGAGGGUGCAGCUACCAGGCUUUUGACAGUGGCGAGUGGAAGUCCAUCCACUUGGAUGACCUGAUGCCCCCUGAGAACUUCAAGGCCAGUCUUGGUCAGCUCUCCAAAAUGAGUAUUGCUGAGAUAUUCACCAGCAGCAACCAGCAGCAUCUUCCAACAGGUUCUCCAGAGGAUCCUGCUGCCCUGGGAAGCCUCACUAGGCCGGGUCAUUAUCCAGAGGAAAAAUUACAAUUCCUCAAUGUGGAUGCAAUAAUCAAAGGGUGCAUUCAGAAGGCCGUGAUCCAGAUGGAGGACAAGAAGGACAACAGCCAGCGUCCAACAAAGAGGAUCAAGAUCCUCUACAACUUGCUCUUCCACACUCAAAGCACUGUUUCCAGACGGUUUAUGACAACGCUGAAGAAGAGAAUUUGUUGUCUCCUCCAAGAACGAGAGAAACCAAUCAAGGAACCAAGAGAAUGGAUUUUCCGUCAGGCACUUGCUACGGAAUUCAUCCUGAAAGACACAUCUUUCAGGCAAGCACUCUGGAUGUACCUGGAAGACAUUGUGGCCAACAUUUUGGCCCAAAUUCUCGCUGUGGUUGAUGCCAACAACAACCUGGAUCACAUCUGUGAAGGGUCUCUGCUGACAGAACUGUGGCUCCAGAUGUUCCAAGAAGAAGCCUUCCUAAAAAUUAAAUACACCAGGAAGGCACCGGACAUGAAGAUUUGUGUCUUAUCCAUGACUGAAGACCCCAGCAUCUCUGUCUUCUGCCAGUUCCCGUUCAGUUGGGUAUUGAAGGCCUACCUGGAUGACAUAUGGGAGAAAGCCUAUCAUACAAAAGGUCAGCCUGAGCAGCCAACAGAGGACAUGGCCAGGUUCUACCAAAGCUUCAUCAAGAAUGUGUGGAUGCCAGAUGGCAGUGGUCCAGCCCUGCUGCAUUCCUAUGCCAACGACUUUCUCAGGAUGGCUUUUCCUGGACAAGACCUGUCUAUCUAUGAGAUCCUCUCCAAAGCAUUCCUGGCCAGUGCAGAGCGGCUCUGCUCCUCUGUGGGCAGGGGGAAGAUGAGCUUUUCCCCAAUCUGGCUUCACAUGGAAUAUUUCUACCUCCAUGAUGAUUAUCAGCUCUUCAUUGACAUAGCAAAAAGCAACGACACUGUCGUGAGCGAGCUGCAGACAAUGUAUCAGCAGGACCCCCCAGCAAUGUUUGUCACUCUUGAGGCCUUGAACAUUCUCUUGAAGAAAGUGCAGCCCUCUGAAAGCAGGCUUUUGCCCUUCGAUGCCUGUGUCACGUGGCUCCAAAGUGUCAAGUCCAUCAAGCCAUGGGUGGAGUGGAUCAGCUUGGACAACUACCAGGUGCAGUUCUACCAGGAGAAGAAGCAGCUUCUGGAGAGCGUGUUGCACCGUUGGACCUGCACCAACAUCGUCUACAUGUUGAUUGACCACCUGCUGCACAAUGAGACGGGGAUAGAGGAGAAACUCUUGCGACUCGUGGUGAAGCAGUUCAUCUUCCUCUGGAAUCGCCUCUACGCAGCCCCGGCAUUUCAACCAGAAGAGACUUUUGAUUUGGUGACCAAAGUGCUGAAGAAAUGCAACCAGAAUGCUGAUGUUGUGUAUCUGGUGAAGGGUGUGAAGGAAUGCAAGAGCUGCCUGCGGGAGAUCACCGACCCGGCGGAGCUGCCCUGCAGCCACAUCUUCUGCACUCACUGCAUCCUGGAAUGGGCAAACAAGCAGUGUAAGAUCUGCAAGGAGGAAUUCCCAGAGGAUUACAAACCCACAGCUUCGGAAGCCACCAGGGAAGCUGUUGCCUGCCACAACAAAUUCAGGAGGAAAUGCAAUUCCUUCUUCAUCGAGUUCAUCACCAAGUACUUUUUGGGAGACAGAGAGGCACCAUCAGCCCAAAUCAUUCAGCAACUGAUAAAGUUUGUGGCUUGCAAACCCAACACUGAGCAUCAGGCAGGAAAAAGGGUGUACAAGCCAAAAAGCGAGUUGUCCCCCUUUGAGGAAUGCAUGGACACCAGUCCAACUGCCCAGUCCUCCCUCCUGAAGCUGCUGCUGCGAUGCGGGUUCAACAACAUCAAGGUUCACUUGGAAGAAUACCUGUCCCAGAUGGAGGAGAAGAUACUUUCCAACCAAAGUCACAUGGACCACAUCUACUUCAUGGUGGUGCACUGUCUGGAGGAUUUUAUGUAUCCUUCUUCUGAAGAAGACAUCAGGCAGCUUGCUGAGAAGUGCCUCUCCACCGCAGACCUCUCUGCUUUCUGCAAGCCCAGUGUCUCCAGGAUUAACACCCUCCAGUUCAUAGCCCAGCUCAGGCUCUCCAUCAGCCAUGUGGCCACUGUGCUCGGCAGACAGGUGCUUUCUGCUGCCAAUCCCAACACAUCCACUGCCGAGGGGAAUGAGAAAGAACAAGACCUGGUGAAAGUGAUGAAGGAGUUGGUUGCGAAGGCUCCAACUCCGUGGCCUCAGGUGUUCCUCAUCAGGAAUCUCUGUGACAUCUAUGGCCUCACCUCUAUGUGGAAGAUCCUCCAGGUGCAGAGGUGGAUUUUACCCCAAGGGGUGGAAAUCUCACAGGAUAGAAGCAGCUGCUUGAACACAACCCUGAUGCUUUCAUUGCUGGACAAAGCACAAAAACAGCUAAAAAGCAGUGAUUUCAAGAAAAAACAGAGCUUGUCUUCUGUUGUGAGGCAAAUGGAGAACACCCUCCGGUUGCCAUCCAUCCCAGAUGAGACACUGGAAGACAAACUGAAAAAGAUUGUAGAUGCUGUUGAUGAUGGUGAAGGCCUGAGGGAGCUGGUCUUCCACACUGCGCUCACUCUGACCUUGUUCCCAAGCUGCAUCACUCACCUCCUCACAAACAUCUGCUUCAAGCCAAAGGUGGUAAAGGGGUCCUACCUUCCCACCAUGCCUGGAGACCUCUUUGAUGAGAAAAACUGGAAAAUCGGUGAAAGAGAUAAGCUUUGGACUUGUCAGUGUGGCUCGUACUGGAUUGUCACCAAUUGUGGGUUUCCCAUGGAAAAGAAGCAGUGCCAGUGUGGUACCACUGUUGGGGGAACUUUCCACAAACCUGUGGCAGGCUUCAAGCAGAAGGAAAUCACUGAGGACACCACGGAGCAGGGGUACCUCCUGGAGAGCCCCCUCUCACGGAGAAAUGACCUGGAGAGGUGCCUGUCACCUGCCUGUGUUGCUCUGGCAAGGGCUCUGCUCCAUUCAUCCCUCCUGCUGGGGAUCCAAGCUGACAAACAGGCAGUUCUAGACCUGAUGAAAAAGAAACCAGAGGACACGGAAGAGUUUUUCUGGGGUCACCUCUGGAAAGAUGUGGCAUGCCUGGCAGAAGCGCUUGGCAGGAACACAGAGGAGGCCAUGUUGACUGUCCAUCUGUUUCUACAGCACCUGAGCAAGCAUGGUCCUGCAGAUGAGAGUGGAGCCUUGAACAUCCUGCAUGAGAAAAAGGACCGAGACAAAUGGGAAACUUCCUUCAAAGCCCUGGCUCAGUCCUUCUUCCAGGAAUUGGAGAAGAAUCUGAAUUCUGCUAAGGAGCAGAGGAUAAAUGAAGGUCCCCAUGGCUCCAGUCUCCUCCUGAAAAUAGUUUAUGACCAGACACCUCCUUUACAAGAUUUGCCGAGGGAGGGGUUGAUCAACCAACCCUGCAUGUGGAGGCUUGAGCAGAAGGUGACCAUCCAGACCCUGAUGCAUCUCCUGCAGAAAGAUGGAGAAGGCACUGGAAAUCCAUACCCCAUCCUGCUGGAGCUCCUGUCGAAGAUGGAGAACAUCCAACAUGUCCGACAUCUGCCUGACAUUUUCCAUCUGCAAAAUGCUCUGAUCCAUUUCUUCCAAAAUGGCUAUGAAGGAGAAAAAUACACAGUCUGCCAGUUCCUCGACCAGCCUGGACUCUCAGAAAGCCAGCGCUCAGCUUUCAGCAGAGCUAUAGAGACGAUCCGAAAGGUUUGGAGCAAUAUUAAGAUGAACCCAUUAAGCUCAGGCAUGACAGUCCUGAUGGACCUCUCGCCAGAUGACAUCAACACCAACACUGCUGUCCGACACCUCCUCCCCAUCCAAAAAUCCAUCAGCUACCUGGUGACUAGAUUCCUUAUCCAGCUGCAUAAUGGCUGCAUCGACACAGCUGCACGGGUCACUAGGGAGAGACAGCGGUCCAUCUCUGCAGAAGAGGUGAAGCCCUCCUCGGUGCUGGCUGUAACCAUGAGUGAUCUGGAGACCAUGGCCCUCACCAACCUGCAGUAUGAGAUAGAUGAGAAUGGCACCCAGACAACGUACUUUGACUUUGAGAUGCUGCAGCGGCAAGUGGUGCAUCGCUUCAUCAGUGGGAAGCCCAUCAUCAAGGCUCAGACAGCUCCAUCCAUUGUCCUCAACAACACAAGGACCCUCCAGGCCACCAAGAAGAAAAUCAGGGACCAACUGACCCAGGAGCCACUCAGCAUCAACCAGCAGAAGCGCAUCAUGGAGGAGACCCGGUCAGUCAACUCCCUCUCCAAGGCCUUGGCCACCCUGAGGGUGGCUGCAGAGUUCCUGGCAGUGACAGGAGGUGACCCAGAGCACUCGCUGUCCAAGUAUGUCCUGCAGGAGCUGAAAAUGGACGCUGGCGCAAAGCAGUUCCAGGAUGUGCCGGUGGUACCCAACACCCAGCUGAAGCACAUCCUGUCACUGUGGCAGGUCCUGGCAGCUCGCAAGUCAAUGCUAUUGGUACAGAUGAACCAGGAUCCCUUCUGCCUGGUACCCCAGGAGUUCCAAGGACAGCUGGACACAGAAGAGGAAGAAGCCCUUUAUUGUGCCUUGGCCAACACGAACCUCGAUCUCUUCCUCAUUGAGCUACAUGAGAUGAUCACAGUGGCACUGUCUGGAUUUCAACCUGAACACAAGCUGAAGGAUGCCUUUCAGUUCUUCCUGGAAGACAACCAUGACUCCAACACCUCUGUGGCUACCCUGGCCAAUGUCCUGGACCCAGACAUUCCCGUUGAGAAGAUCCUCUCUGUCUGGAGGAUAGCUGUCAAGACCAGCCAGAUCAACAUCCCUGCCUAUGGCCAGGCAAAGCCAGCCCUAGGCAGCCAUUAGCCCCCUUCUUGCAAUGACCCUGCUGGUGACUGGUCCCCAUAAGUACAGAGGAAAUAUUUAUCCCUGACCCAGCUCUAGGGGCAACACAUAAGUCAGGCAUGGUCUCCUGGAGCAGCUUAGGUGUCUGAAUUCUCCAAGUCCUGCUUCCUUGCUCCCUGAACCUGGGUGAGAAGGUCUCACCUGGACCCACCCCUGCCCCCUUAGGGACGCCAAGCAUCUGCAUCCCUCCAGCCCUGCCAAGCCACAGCAAGAAGUUCGUGUUCCCCCAUGUCCUACCCCUGUGCUCAGUUGACCAACUCUGUUUUCUAGCAGUCCCCAACUGGGGUCCAAAGAGCAGGACCCCUUUUACCAUGCCAGUGUUUGCCAAGGGGGGGGGUCUCUCUGUGUCCCUGUGCCCAUCAGCAGUAGCCUAUGUCCUGCUUUGUCCCUUCCCUCACUUCCUGCAUCAUUAAAUGUGCAAAGAUCCAUCUUGGUUUCACAUGAUUCCCAAAGCAGUGGUUGAAGGGACGUGACUGGUGUUGUGGUGUGACCAGACCUUCUUGGGGGCAACUGUGGGGCUCCGGGUGCCCUUGGAGAGAGAGUGGUGAAAGAGCUGGAGCCCUGAGCCUCCAGAGGUGGCCAGGGGCGCGAAACACCAUAUUCCCCCCCAUACCUACAGCUGCCCCCAGUAAACCCCAGUGCCCUCCGAGGUUUGACCCAUGUGGUGAUCUCUUUCUGUCCAUCUUCCUGGAGAGGGAAGACCAGGCCCAAACCUGUCUUUGCUCCACACCCUCCACAAAGGUAUUUAUAGACACUGAAGAAUCCUCCCCAGUGGGGGGACAGGUGGAGCUCCUGGACCACAGUGAACACCCCUCCCCUGCCCCACGGCUACCACUGAAGCCGCUGCUUGGGUAAUGUCCCCAUGCUCACAUGGGAUCAGACUUCCUGGACACUGGCUGGUACUGGUGAUCUGACAGCACCACCCUGAGGAGGAAGGACUUGCCACCCAUUCGUGCAACAGUUGUGGGACUUGCAAUAUCCAAAUCAACCAAAACAGCAGGUUGCCACCCUAAAACCCCUCACUCCUAUGUGUGGUGUCUCGGUUUGAGACAAUUUUUCGGAGAAAAACAAUAUGGAAUGAACAUUUUCUCUGAAGUGAAAAGGGUGGCAAUUUUUUCCCACCACUACAAAACAGAUGUUUGGGUGAAAGUGAAGAAAAAAUUUGUUUAUUUAACAAAACAAGGUACCCCCAGGACACGAGACAAAUAAUUAAAACUGUUAGAUAUUUAAACUCCAGAACUCACCCCGCGCCUCCCCCCACAGCCGCACAGCACGUGGUGCGAAGGAAGAUGGCUCGGAUCUUGUCCCAAGGAAAGGAAACAAAAGAAUGUUCACGUAGCACACGGGCAAACAGUGGGAACCUGGUAGUGCCUGUGGUGGUAGUCCUCUCUUCACUGUAGAUGAAGCAGGGGGCUUGGUGUGCUUUCUCUCGCCGGCUCGGCUCCUCUGGAGUUUGGGGCUGAGAUCGAGCGGCUCCUCGGCUUCCCGCGGGUGCCCGGCUGGUCAGCACCCAAUGUGGUUCUGAGACCACAGCCCUGCCGAACUGCUUCAGAAUAAGCCUCAGGAGCCACUGAAGGGUGGCCACCGCAGUCCAGGGAAAGCUGUUUGCCCAAGCUGACAACAAACCCCGAGCUACCUAACAAGCACCAACCUAACUGCCCUGCACCCCGGCCUGCUGAGCUCCCUCAGCGAGCUGCAGCCCCCUUUUUAACGCCGCACCCUG